GAAGAAUCUCCAGAGCAUCACAGUCAUCCUCUGACCACAUAUAAUCCACUAUAUUCAACUCUGCUUGAACAGGAUCUGCGCCGCAGAGAUGUAUAUCAGCUCCAGGUGUGUGGGAUUGACUCUGAUCCCCACAGCGAUCAUCUGCAUACUUGCAAACGUGCUGCUGUUGUUUCCUGACAUGAAGUAUCAGUAUCUGGCAGAGGGUCAUGUGACCGCGGAGGCCUUGUGGUGUUCUGGCAUCUGGGCGUCCGGAUUUCUGGUGCUUGUAGCUGCUCGAGGCUUCACAACAAACUACGAAAAGAAAGGAUGCUGUUAUUUUGCUGCCGAGGUUUUGCGUAAAAUGGGCUACACAUGUUUGGCUAUUCUGGCUGCUGGCUUGUGUUUUUGGGUCAGCGGGACUGGUUUGGCACUGGGACCCUUAUGUUUACACAAUGGAACUGAUGGUCUGAAUUGGGAAAGGCCAUUAAAACAAAUCAAAACUGGGCAGACACUGUAUCUGUAUGAGCCAGAGCGAUGGGCAACUGAGUGUGUGGAGCCGCGAGGAGUCGUGAUCUGGAAUCUGCUGCUUUUCUCUGUUCUCAUGGCCGCCAGUGGCCUUCAGCUCAUCUCCUGUGUCCUGCAUCUCUUCAUCGCCUUUCUGGAGUUCAUGUUUGGACCACACUUCUGCAAGAACAAGGUUGUUCCGGCUUGAAAUGAAGUUCUGUUAUUGUCAUCUGCAUGUGAGAAUGAUGUUGCUUGGGUUAAACAGUCAACUAUGACUGAUUACCUUAUUUUAACCAGAGAGGAAACAUAAACGAGAAGUGUGUUAGGAGAGUCACUUCAUGUCCUCGAAUCCUUUUAUUUACACUGUCAUCGUCCACAUCUGGGGUUCCUGUAGCUCAGCUGGCGGAUAAUGAUGGCAAAAGUGUUUGUUUGAAUCCCAGGGAACACGUGAACAACAGAUUCAGCACUGUGAGCAACAGAGUGCCAAAUGCACAAAUAGAAAUAAGCUGUUUAAAUUAAUUCUCAAUGUGAUGUUUUAUCC